AUGUUCCUUGACGCUGAACACAGUCGAUUAGCUGCUGCUUCCAACAAGUCCAGGUUGACGCUCCAACCAAAGGACAUUUUAUCGACAUCCAUGAAACAGAAUGUCGAACUUCAGCGACGAACGAAGAUUCUUCCCAUCAUCCGCCCCGUCAGCCCUUCGACACUCAUUGCGUUGACCGAGCCUUGCUUGAUGGAUUGGUGCUUGAAGAUGAAGCCAGGGCCAGAUACAUCCUCGUCGACCACCUCCUACACCAAUCAGAAAUAG